UGCGGGACUGGCCCGUGGGCUCGGUGGGUCUGGCUCCGCUCGAUCCCCCCGCCUCCAGUUGGUCCUCCCCAGGGCGCUGGGUCCCGGGUCCUCAGCUCCCCCCCGGGCCGCUCCUCCUCAGAGCCCCAUCCGCCCCUCGCCCCCGACCCGACUGCCUCAGAGCUGCCUCCGCCCGGUCCACGGCCCGUCCUCUGGGCGCUGGGUCCCCGGUCUCGGCCCCUCCCCCGCCCGACAUCCUCGGGGGCCCCCACCCAGGCCCCGGGCCGACCCCUCCCCGGGCUCCCGGCAGGAUGGGGGACAACACCAGCCCCAUCAGCGUGAUUCUGGUGAGCUCGGGGAGCCGGGGCAAUAAGCUGCUCUUCAGGUACCCUUUCCAGAGGAGCCAGGAGCAUUCGGCGUCCCAGACGAGUAAGCCUCGUAGCAGAUACGCUGUCAACAGCGCCGGAGAGCAUGCUGAAGACCAGGAUGGGGACCCCAGGUUUUCAGAUGUCAUUCUGGCAACAAUUUUGGCAACCAAGUCUGAAAUGUGUGGCCAGAAGUUUGAACUGAAGAUCGACAACGUGCGGUUUGUUGGGCACCCGACGCUGCUGCAGCACACGCUGGGCCAGGUCUCCAAAACUGACCCGUCCCCAAAGAGGGAGGCUCCCACCAUGAUUCUUUUCAAUGUGGUGUUUGCACUGAGGGCCCACGCGGACCCGUCGGUGAUCAGCUGUCUGCACACCCUCUCCCGCCGCAUUGCCACCGUGCUGCAGCAUGAGGAGCGCCGCUGCCAGUACCUCACGCGGGAGGCCAAGCUGAUCCUGGCGCUGCAGGACGAGGUGUCCGCCACGGCUGACGCAAAUGACGGGCCUCAGUCCCCAUUCCACCACAUUCUGCCCAAGUGCAAGCUGGCCAGGGACCUCAAGGACGCUUAUGACAGCUUGUGCACGUCUGGGGUGGUGCGGCUCCACGUCAACAGCUGGCUGGAGGUGAGCUUCUGCCUGCCCCACAAGAUCCACUACGCGGCCAGCAGCCUCAUCCCGCCAGAGGCCAUCGAGCGCAGCCUGAAGGCCAUCCGAGAUCUGGGCAUGGGACAGCAGAUGUUCGAUGACAGGAAGCAGAGCACCGUCUUCCGCCCUCAGCCUGGCCCCGGCGCUGUCCGAGCCUGUCCUCCUGGGCUUCCUUCCAGCGUGUGUCUGGGUGGCGCUGUUCAUAGUCUGAGCCCGUACCACGCCCUGCUGCUGCUCAGCGAUGAGAAGUCCCUGCUGGGCGAGCUCCCGCUUGACUGCUCCCCGGCCCUGGUGCGCGUGAUCAAGACCACGUCCGCCGUGAAGAACCUGCAGCAGCUGGCCCAGGACGCAGACCUGGCCUUGCUGCAGGUUUUCCAGCUUGCGGCCCACCUGGUGUACUGGGGCAAGGCCAUCAUCAUCUACCCGCUGUGUGAGAACAACGUCUACAUGCUGUCUCCCAACGCCAGCGUGUGUCUGUACUCCCCGCUCGCCGAGCAGUUCUCACGCCAGUUUCCAUCUCACGACCUGCCGUCUGUCCUUGCCAAGUUCUCCUUGCCUGUCUCCUUGUCAGAAUUCAGGAACCCCCUGGCCCCCCCUGUGCAGGAGACGCAGCUCAUCCAGAUGGUGGUGUGGAUGCUGCAGCGCCGGCUCCUGGUGCAGCUGCACACCUACGUCUGCCUGAUGGCCUCACCCAGCGAGGACGAGCCCCGUGCCCGCGAGGAUGACGCGCCCCUGGCCACCAGGGUGGGCGGCCGCAGCCUCAGCACGCCCAAUGCCCUCAGCUUUGGCUCCCCAACCAGCAGCGACGACAUGACCCUCACCAGCCCCAGCAUGGACAACUCCAGCGCUGAGCUGCUCCCCAGCGGGGACUCGCCCCUGAACAGGAGGAUGACGGAGAGCCUGCUGGCCAGCCUGUCUGAGCACGAGCGGGCCGCCAUCCUCAGUGUGCCUGCGGCCCAGAACCCCGAGGACCUCCGCAUGUUUGCCAGGCUCCUGCACUACUUCCGCGGCCGCCACCACCUGGAGGAGAUCAUGUACAACGAGAACACGCGGCGCUCCCAGCUGCUGGCGCUCGUGGACAAGUUCCGCAGCGUUCUGGUGGUGACCACCCACGAGGACCCGGUCAUCGCUGUCUUCCAAGCCCUGCUCACGUGAGCUGGGCGGGGGCACUGCCUCUCACCCCCCGGCUCCCUCCCACUGCGGGGCCUCGCUCUCCUCAUCUUCAUCUUCAGGACAGCCUCAGGGGCCCUGGGCUGCGAAGGUGAGGCUUGAGGUAGGGCUGCAUGCCUCCCACACGAUUCUGCCUGUGUCCUUUGCCGCCUUUUCUGGCCCGGCACUGCCUGCCUGCAGGCAUCUCCCCAGCACACCCACCACCACCCUCCCGUGUUGGCCUCUGGAGGCUGUGGCCAAGCAGUCCCCUCCGUGGCCACCUGAGGCACCAGGACCUGGCUCAGGAUGUCCUGUGGGGAGUUGCUCUGCUUCCCCUGGGGUGUGUCUACCGUGGUGCUCCCCACCCCGGGGUGGCCUCAGGCCUGAGAGAAAGUGGGCACGGUGGCCCUGGGUCCUUCCGGAGCAGAGCUGGCUGCCAGGGGGGCUCUGGCCAAGGUGCACAGGACACUCUUCUAGAAACACUGCAUUUAUUUCGUUUGUAAACAAUUAAAAGUCCUUGUGGGAGCAGGCCCU